AUGAGCACCACGACUACCACCAAGAGGACUACAGCUCGGUCGAGAACUCCUCCUCCAUCGUCGGGUCGAGCCAAGUCUCCCACGCGUUCUACCAGUGGUGCUACUGCUGCUCCCAAGAGUCCCAAGAGAACUACCAGCACCCCCACAACCACUAGUCAACGUCAGUCUCGUUCCCAUUCACCCGUCCGGGGAUCCACCAAUUCCGCCAACAAUCGAGGAAAAUCUCCCGUGCGAUCCAGUGGACGGACGUCUACCAAUAGUGGAACGGCCAAUCGAGGCAAGAGUCCCGUCCGGUCCAGUUCCAAUGCUACUUCUGGAGGAAUAUUAGGAGGAAUUCUGGAAGGCUUUGGCCAUUCCGACAAUGACGCCUUUGAAGAAAAGGUUCGCAAGUGCAUUCCCUCGGAAUUUCAACUCUUGGCCAGUCAAGACGAUCGCACACAAGCGCUGGAAGACUGGUACGCCAUGGAACACUACAAUCUACCCGUCAAUCGACAAGCCAAAAAGGUCAAUGCCGGAUCGGUCGCUACCAGUGCAUUACUGCAAAUCAUGUACGAAAAUCCACGACGCAUGAUUGCGUGUGGCGAAACCGAACCGUGGAAUUGUCUCGAAAUUCUCCAACAAAUCAAAAAACGCGUCAAGGAACAUUCCAAAGUCGAAGCCAAACCGACCAUGUCAUCCAGUCGACCACUGGGACCACCGCGACGGUCUGGUAAGAAGGAUCAGUAUGCACCCUUUUAUAUUGUCCCACCCGGAUACACGGGAAAACGACAUGCCCUCCUGAUUGCUGUUCGCGUGGGAGAAGGUCCCGAUCUCAAGGGAUCGCACAAUGACAUUUCGUGUAUGCAGUCGUUUCUGCGACUCUACUGUGGUUUUAAAGAAGCCGAUAUUACCGUCAUGAAAGAUGAUGACAUUCACACCGAUCCGACCAAACGCAAUAUUCUCGCCGCAUUUACCAAAUUGUGUCGCCUCACCAAACGCGGCGAUGUCGUCUUUAUUCAAUUCUCGGGACACGGAGGACGUACUGGCAAUAAUCUGUAUAUUUGUCCGUCCGACUAUAAACGUGGACCCGUCAUGGAUGAAGUUAUCUUGCGAGAUCUCAUCAAGGCAUUGCCGGGUGGUGUGUACACGACCAUGUUGGUCGAUUGUUGUUAUUCGGGUACCGUGGGAGAUUUGCCCUAUGUCCUCAAAUCAACCCGGGACGGUGCCCGACAAGAAAUUGAAUCCUAUUUUGAUACCGACAGUCGCGAGGAAAUGAUGCGCCGAGAAAAAGAGGGUGGCCAAAAGUAUCAAGACUUUAAACGAGCGCGAGCGGAACAACGAAGUUUGUGGCGUUUGGGAGCCAUGCCGGCCAAAUUGGUGUACGAUGCCGCCAAUGCCGCCGCCGGUGGGGCCAUGAUGGUCGGUGAGGGUGUCGUUCAUGUGGGUAUGGGUACAGCACAAGUGGCGGCGGAUGCCGUGCAGGCCGCUGGAACCGGCGUCUAUCAGGCGGGAAAUGCCGUCGGGACGGGUGUGUAUCAAGCUGGAAAUGUUGUGGGCACGGGCGUGUAUCAGGCCGGAAAUGUCGUGGGUACUGGCGUGUAUCAAGCCGGAAAUGUUGUGGGCACGGGCGUGUAUCAGGCUGGAAAUGUUGUGGGCACGGGCGUGUAUCAGGCUGGAAAUGUUGUGGGUACGGGCGUCUACCAAGCUGGAAAUGUUGUGGGUACCGGAGUCUUCCAAGCUGGGGCGUCCGUAGUGGGAGCUGCCGGAUCGGUGGUAGGGGCUGCCGGAACGGUGGCAGGUGCUGGUACCGAUAUGCUCCGACGCAGUGGAACUGGUGUGGCCAGUGUUGCUGGGGCGGUGGCCGUGUCGCCGUUUCGGAGAAGCAACACGGAAACUGUGAAAAGAAGAAGCAAUACCGACAACAUACGAAGGAGCAAUACACAAACCAUCCGGAGGACCAACACUGACAAUAUGCGUGACAGUACCGGAGUGUUUACCGCGCUCUCGGAUGCGGCAACCACUGUCACCAGUUCCGUGGCUGGUGCGGCAACCACAGUUACCAGAGCUGCUUCUCCGUUUCGAAGGAGCAAUACAGAAACGGUUCGACGUACCUCCGAAUCGAAAGAGGAAGAAGACUUUGAAGAAGCAUUAAGGAAAGAGGCUAUUAACAGGUCUAGGCGGGAAGCAGCAGAGGCAAGAGCCCGUAGGAAUGGAGGAAGCAUGAGUCACAGCCACAACGAUCAUUUUGAUUGUCCUGUGGCCCGGGCUCGACCAGAGGCUGUCGCAGCAAGACUAGGAUCGCGGUCAAAGUCUACGCCAAAGCGUAGUGUGACCGCGCCAAAGAAGAUUGGAAUCUCGGUGGAGGUGCGACAAAAUGGCAACAAAGCAUCACCCGCUGGCAGGGGGAAAGCCGGCAAGUCUCCCAUUCGCCGUGUCCAAACACUCGACAGUCCCAAAAAGAGUCCUAAGAAACCGGCCAUUCGUCUCAUUUCCAUUACUGAUGUUGCCAAUUCUAUGACAUCAGCAGCGAAUGCCGCCGCAACAUCUGCAGCAUCAGCAGCCAAUGCCGCUGCAACAACCGCAACUUCGGCAGCUACUGCAGCUUCAACUGCGGCAACGUCAGCUGCCAAUGCCGCUGCAACAACUGCAACUUCGGCAGCCACUGCAGCUUCGACCGCAGCCACUACUGCAGGGGGUGGCCUGAGAAGGACAGUCACUGCUCCCGUGCGAGGCGUCUCGCCGAUGCGGACCAGAUCAACCAAGCGAAGUGUAUCACCCAUGCGCCGGACAACAUCACUGGAGGAGAAAAAAGCAGAAGAACAGGCUAGAAAAGACGCGAUCGAAAGAUCCAAACGAGAGGCCCAAGCUGCUCGUGCUGCAGCUGGGCGGCGGUAA